AUUGAGGCUUUUACUUUGGAACUGACCACCGGAAGUGCUGUCCCGGCGUCUCCUCGCUGACCUGACGCUGGUGCGCAUCUCACCGACCGGGAACACCGAUCAGUGAACACUCGGGCCUUUUUCCUCCGCUGCACCGUCAGCUGUGUUUUCCUGCUGCUGCCGCUUCCACCGCUGCCGCCGCUGCAGACGCGACUCCCGCCGGUGACACCAUAUUUGCAGCCCCUCGCUCAGUGUAAUGUCACACGGAGAUGACACGCAUCCAGGAGGAGCCCUGUUUGUUUUGCACGGAGAAAUGAGGCAGGGGGAGGAGAGUCGCCACAGAGACGCUACUGGGCUGCGGCCAAACGUCGCCGCAUUUUAGCGCUUAUUCCCAUGCUCGGCCUUUGCAUUGCACUGCACUUGCUGCAUCGUUGAUUGGUCGUAUAUUCUGCAAAAAGUGCAUGGUGGAGAUGCAGCUUGUUUGAGGACACCCCCCCCCCCCCCAUCCCCUCCUUCCCCCCCAUCCUCCAGAUGUCCAUUGCUGCCAUGAUAGGCAGAGGUCUCCUCUCGAGCGCGGCUCAGCCGGUUGGAGAAGAGGCAGAUUGAUUCGGGACGGUGGGUCGCAUCUGCGUCUGCGGAGGCUGAUAAAUAUCAUCCGCGCGCACACGCUGUGGUGAUUCUCACUCAGGGAAAUAAAAAAAAGGAAGGGGGAGAAGGAAAGAAAAGCAACAUGUCAUCUCGGUCUGCAUUACCGUCUGGAAACGACAGGAGCACCGGAGACCAUCAUGUGUCGCUCGGGGCCAGCCGCUCAGACAAGGCCACCAGCCAGUCCAGCCGCUCACUGGGCGCCCGGUGCAGGAACUCCAUCGCCUCCUGCUCCGACGAGCAGCCGCACAUCGGCAACUACCGUCUGCUGAAGACCAUCGGCAAAGGAAACUUUGCCAAGGUCAAGCUGGCCCGCCACGUUCUAACGGGCAGGGAGGUUGCAAUAAAAAUCAUUGACAAAACUCAGUUGAACCCAACCAGCCUGGUAAAGCUCUUUCGGGAGGUACGAAUAAUGAAAACCUUAAAUCACCCGAACAUAGUGAGGCUGUUUGAGGUGAUAGAGACAGAAAAGACCCUUUACCUAAUAAUGGAGUACGCCAGUGGAGGUGAAGUGUUCGACUACCUCGUGUCUCAUGGAAGAAUGAAGGAGGUUGAAGCCAGAGCCAAAUUUCGACAGAUAGUCUCUGCUGUCCACUACUGCCACACCAAGAACAUUGUCCACAGAGAUUUGAAGGCGGAGAACCUUCUGCUGGAUGCCGACGCCAACAUAAAGAUUGCCGACUUCGGCUUCAGCAACGAGUUCACGCUGGGGAACAAGCUGGACACGUUCUGUGGCUCGCCACCCUACGCUGCCCCCGAGCUUUUCCAGGGCAAGAAGUAUGACGGGCCUGAGGUGGACGUCUGGAGUCUGGGAGUAAUCCUCUACACGCUGGUCAGCGGCUCACUGCCCUUUGACGGGCAGAACCUGAAGGAGCUGAGGGAGCGUGUGCUGCGGGGAAAGUAUCGCGUGCCCUUCUACAUGUCUACAGACUGCGAGGGGAUCCUCCGCCGAUUCCUGGUGCUCAACCCCACCAAGCGCUGCACCCUAGAUCAAGUUAUGAAGGACAAGUGGAUAAAUGCAGGGUACGACAACGAAGACCUGAAGCCCCACAUAGAACCUGUCGAGGACUUCAGUGAUCCGGCUCGCAUAGAGGUGAUGGUUGGAAUGGGCUUCACUUCAGAGGAAAUCAAGGACUCUCUGCUCAAUCAGAAAUACAACGAGGUCACAGCCACCUAUUUACUGCUGGGCCGCAAAGGAGACGAGGGCAGUGAGGCUCGUUCAGCCAGUAGCCUGUCUCUGGCGAGGGUAAGACCCAGCCCCAUCACCAACGGGACCAACAAGCACUCGUCAGCCACCGGCUCCUCUUCCUCUUCCACCUCCUCCUCACACAGCAAGACCCAGCGCAGUGCCUCCACUUACCACAGGCAGCGACGGCACAGUGACUUCUGUGGGCCUUCCAUGCCCGUCAUGCACCCCAAGCGGAGCCCGACCAGCACGGGCGAGCGGGAGCUGCGCGAGGGACGGAUGCCCUCUCGUAAAGCCAGCUGCAGCGUGAUGGGGAGCCACAGCCUCCCUCCCUCCAGCCCGAUGGUCAGCAGUGCCAACAACCCCAACAAGUCUGAGAUCCCUGACCGCCGCAAAGACAUGACUGCCACCACAAAUAACAUCCCUGGAAGCGCCAUGACACGCCGGAAUACAUACGUGUGCACAGACCGUUCCGGAACUGACAGACACUCUCUUCUGCAGAACGGCAAAGAUAACAGCUCCUUGAGCCACCGCAUACCCGCCGCUUCUCCCUCCACGCUCAGCAUCACUGGGGCCGGAGCAGCCUCCUCCUCCUCGUCUUCUUCAGACAGAUGCCGCCUGACCCGAGGCUCCACGAUCCGCAGCACCUUUCACGGGGGACAGCUGAGGGACCGCGGGCCUCCGGUUUACUCGGCCCCACCCACUUCACCCACUCUGUCCCACCAUGAAGCUAGCCCCCUGCCCCACGCCCGCACCAGGGCAACAUCCAACCUCUUUUCCAAGCUGACCUCGAAACUCACUCGCAGGGUCACAAAUGAAUCUGAGGGAAUCAGGAGAUUUGCGCUCACAAGUUGCCAUUUACCUGGGUAUCAAAAAGCGUCCGAGCCCUGGUCCAUCGGACGUGGCUGGGAUCUGAGAGGCGGCGGGCGGCGGGACCCCGCGGAGGUGGUACUGGCUCUGCGGGAGGCAGCGCUCGGGUGUGGCUGCCAGGUCCACCAUGCCGGCCCUUUUCUGCUCUCCUGUACCCACGGCGUGGCAGGGGGUCGUGUGGCUUUCGAGGCCGAGGUGUGCCAUCUUUCUACGGGCAACUCAGAGACUUCUAAUGGGGUGCGCUACACGCGACUCUGGGGGGCGCCGUUAGCUUUUCGGGACAUUGCCACCCAAAUCUCAAAGGAUCUCGAACUUUGAACAGAUAGAGGGUGUGUUUGCAUAAUAUGAGUGUGUGUUUUUUUGUGUUGACGCGUGUGUCUGUCCGUGUGUGUGUGUGUGUGUGUGUGUGUGUGUGUGUGUGUGUGUGUAUGUGUGUGCAAAUGGGGGAGGAGGAGAUCACUGAAGGCAAAAAAAAUCCCAGAAGGGGUGAGGGGCUGGACCCAAGAGAAAAGACUUCUCUUUCUGUCUCUUUCAUGACUUACACCCCUCUUGUGUGUACACACACACACACACACACACGCACACAUUUCUCACGCACGUACACACACACACACACACACACACACAGACAGACAAUCUGACCCGUAAAGUCACAUAGACUGAGGCACCUACACUCACCACACUUAUCACCCAGCUCACUGAGCUGCUGCACCCACUGGACCUGGAUCAGAUGGAAUCUAGCAUAUUUUUAUCGCUACUCUAGCCAUAAUGACUCUUAAUUUUCUUAUUUAUUUCUCUGAUAUAAUAUGUUUUUAAACCCACUGUCACUUUCGCCAUCGCAGAAAAACUCAAUGUCUCGUGUGGCGAAGUCUUUUUUUUCAUUUUCUUUUUUUAAUUAUUCUUUUGUAUGUCACAUUCAGGUAUGCCGUUAAUUCUUUUUUUUUUUUUUUCAUUGCCUGGGGACAAUAACGUGCACAAGUGUGGAAAACGGUCCAGUUUUAGUGAGGAGACUAUAGCAGCUGACGUGGAUUUGAUUCAUGUAUUUACAGUAGGGACGAAGAUUAAGGUCAGUGGGAGCAGAGUUGACAGGCAUUUGAAAUGUCCAAUCAGAGGCCGACUCUGAACCAGUGUUGUCAACGUCGCUGUGUCCCAAUGAGACCGGAAAAUAAAAAAAAUAUAGAUAAAGUUUACUGUAAAGCAAAACUGAAAUGUCACGAUGUGGCAGCGAUAAUUGGUUCAGUAAUUUAUAAAUGUACUACAUGCUUCUCCCUGAUUGGCUGGAUUCACUGCCUGUCCUCACUGUUUUGGCGACAGUAAAGCUUUUCUGAGCGUUUGGACUUUCCAACCUUUUUCGCCUUUUUCCCGCACCUUAACCUUUUCAUCGAGAGCGUCGUGCUGAAAACACAACAGUCUUAAAGCCCUCGAGUGUUAAAGGAUCUUUCGAGGGAGCGCUUAAAGCCAGAGGGUCAGCUGCAGUCAGUCGUCCCGCCACAGAAGAAGAGACGCUGUGAAGGUUUUUUGGGGUUUUUUCCCAGUGCAGUGCAAAAAAUUCCGUUUUGUGCCAUGUGAUUUUUUGCCUCAGUCACCAUGUUAGUAUAUCGACAGGAUCCCCCCCCCCAAAAAAAGAAAAAGUGAAUGAGCCAACCAGUGAAACCUCUGAGAUUACACACUCACAGAGAAACACACACACACACUCCUGAGUAUCCUCCUUCCUCUUUUUUUGUGGCACAGUACAUUAUAUAAACUGGUCUGUCCAUGACUGAUGACUGUAAGGACCUGGGGGGGGGAUGUUCUGAAUUUGAAAAAGGCACAGUGAAGGCAGUGUGGAUGGGAUUUUCUUCUGUUUCCGUCCGUUGCCUUCAAAGUGACCCCCCCCCCCCCCCCCCCCCCCCGUGUGGCACCUUCUUACAGUGCAAAGUGUAAUGUGAAAAGAAACUUAGAAAGCUUUCUAUUCUCCCUCCCUGUUUUUAGUGAGUAACAUACUGUGGUAUUUAUGUCGGCUCUACAGCUCACGUUGUUUGGCUGCUAAUUUACUGUUAAUACGAUCAGUUGUGGAUCACAGUGACCCGAAAACACCCCACACACCCUACUGCAACCCCCCCCAUUUCCUUUCCCACCCAGUGGUAAACCCCUCCAUCUCUUAAAAAUCUUAAAGGGACAUGAUUUUUUUAGCAUAACUGUACGUACCUCCCAACUUUACUUGUGUCGUCACAACGAGCGAAAAACCGUCGUCCUCUGCUUUGUUCGGAGGUCGUCUUUUCUCACAGGGAAACACUCUCAUCGUCCACACUCUCGACCCAUGUAUGGCAUCUGCUCACUUCCUGUUUGGUGUGCAGUGCUUCGUGAAGCCCAGUGGGGGAGGGAGGGGAGGGCGGCACUGACCUGUCCUCCCCCCUCAGGGUGAGAAGCAGAAAACAAUGUGGGUCUGUCGUUGUCCUCUCUCUGGACAUUUCUCAUUGUGGUGUAUAUUGGCAUCAGGUAAUAUAGACCUCAAUGCACUUUGCUUUGACUUGAAUCAGCUCCUUCCAGUGUACCUGUAUAGGUAAUACCCAGAUUUAGCCACUGGAGGGCGCCAAUGUCUUAAAUGUGAAACACUUCAAUUUGUGGAUAUUUGCACAGUUACUUUAUUUAUUUUUUAGAAUAAUAUCAUUAAAAAAAAAUAACAGGAUUUAUAUCGGUCAGUUGAUGGCUGUAUAUAAAAUAUAUGAAUAUAGUAUAUAUCUUAGAGCUCAAGGUUUAUUUAUAGCUAGAGCAAGGGGAAGUAAAUCUAGUCUAAAGCAGUUUCUGUCGGUGACAAUGGGGGAACAAAACCAACCUGCAAUCCUGCAUGACUUCAGAGUUUGGGUUUAAGGGUAAAAAAUAAAUAAAUAAAAAUAAACAAAAUGCACACCUAGGAUCAGAAGCUUUGUCAGAUGCAGAUUCAGUUUUUAGAUAUGAGUUGAUACAAAGAAAACGGUGCUAAAUGUAGCACCAUAUCGCCCUCCCCCCCCCUCCCUUUUACAAAAACAGACCUGACGAAGUACAAUGACUUCACUCCACCUGGUGGGCUGAAGGAUCCGUUAGGUACGGGCUUCUAAACUCCGAGAAGUAUUUAAAUAUGCCAUAAGAUAUGCCACAACAUACAGUAUGUAAGGUAAAAAAAAGUUUUUAGUGACAACACUUGGGAAGAAACAGUGCAAUCAUCAUUGCCAGUUCUGCAGUAUAUACUGUAUAUCGAAUUGAAUUUUACAGUAAGUCUCUGAAAACACAUCGAAAGCCCUGGGUUGCAUUCAAGCCAUAGAUAUAUGACGCCGCUGUCUCCUGAUUGCAAAUAUAAAUCAGGUCUGCAAACAUUUCAGUGGAGAUUAUUGAUGUGAAACGGGCUCAAAUGCAAAAUAGCUUUGUGUAAAGACAACUCGGUUUUAGCGUUAAGAGGGAUUAAUAUUGUCCUAAGGUGAAUUCUACUGUGAAAAAUUCUUGAAAAGAGUUGUUUGUUUGUUUUUUUUUGUUUGUUUUUUUAAACUGCGUGUUGAGUAAAUGCUUGUAUACCUGCUUAGAGACAGUGUGUCACGUCACUGGUCUGGUUCAAUUGGUGAAUGGUACAGUAUAAUGAUCCCAGGGGGCUCAGUAUUUAACCUGCACCUGUAUGAGUAAUUUUACCCUGCUCUACUGGUUAAUCCCUCCCCUCAGAAAGAAACUGUAAACUGAGAUUGUGUCAUUCUCGUAUUCUGGUUAAGGGAGAAUAUGGAGCUGAAGAUAAAUAAAAUUCACUGAUGUUGGCA